AUGACGGCAAAGCUCAAGAUCCUGUUUGGCUUCUAUCAGACCUGCACCGUCCUCUCCUCCACCUACUCCGCGCGGCUGCCGGACAAGUACACGGGCUGGACGGACAACUUGGCCAACGUGAUCUCCAUCGACUGGUCUGGCUUUUUCCUGCCGGAGCAGUGCCUCGGCUACGCUCUGCGGCUCCUCGCCAUCGCCCUCUCCCCCGUGGCCCUCGGCCUCCUCGACCUCACGCCGGCCGGCCUUGUGCUCAUCUUCUGCUUCGCCUACACCACCUCUCCGCCCGGCGAGGAGCUAGAGCAGGUCUCCUACAUGCGGCAGGACGCGAGCGUCAAGUGCGGCUCCGACGAUCACGGACCCAUCACCGCCCUCGCCACCGGCUUCAUCGUCCUCUGGCCCGCCGGCUCGCUGGUCCUCUUCACGUCGCUCCUCGCCGCUUGCUACAAGCCGCUGCAGGCCAAGACGCCGACUGCUCUGACGCGGGCCACCGCCUUCCUCCACCGGGAGUACGAGAAGACCUGGUACUGGUGGGAGGCGGUCGAGCUGGCGCGCAAGCUCGUGCUGACUGGCUUCGUGCUUCUGAUCCCGGAGGAGCGCGCCUUUGUUCGCCUCGUGGUGGCGACGCUCAUCUGCUCAUGCUACGCCGUCGCACUCGCUGUCGUGCGGCCGUACAAGCGGGUCGAGGACAACGUGCUCGCCGUCGCCACGAGCCUCGUGCUCCUCCUCCUCUUCCUCGGCACCAACUGGAGCACCAUCUUCCUCGGCAUCCAGGAGCGGUACCAGGAAGCCGACCCCGCCGAUGUCCUCGGCUUCCGCAGCCUCAAUGUGAUUGUCGACUCGAUGAUCAUCCUCGUUGCAGUCGUGCUCGCCUUCUUCCUCGUCGGCGCCAUCAUCGCCGCCCGUCGCGUCGCCAAGAUCCCCACGAUCCGACUCGUCUCGACCAAGCAGCCCCCCGAGCUGAGCAUCGUGAGGGGCCUCACGUGGCACCUCUUCAACAGCCACAUCUGGUCGACCGGUCAAGACGCCGUCAAGGUCAUCAAGGGUGAGCUCGAGCAGCUGCUGCCGGACAUCAAAGUAGAUGAUCUCAAGGAUAUCGGGGCGCUGGAGGAGUACAUCCAGAGCUCGCAGGUCAUCCUCUUCUUCCUCUCGCAGGGCUACUUCCGCUCCAAGGCUCGCCUCUUCCUCCCACCCCGCCUCUACCGCACCCUGGCCCCAAGAACUGCCGCCUCGCCCGCGCCACAGAACUGCCUCCGAGAGGUCCGCUCGUCGCUCGAGAAGGACAAGCCGCUCGUCCUCGUCCAAGAAGCGGACCCUGAAAAGGGCGGCGGGACGCUCCAGGCGCUGCGCGGCGAGUGCCCCGAGGACCUGCAGCCGGCCAUCUUUGACAACGACUGGCCGCUCACGAUUUGGUAUCGCAUCGAAGAGUUUCAGCUCGUCUCGCUCAAGAUCAUCGCCGAGGCGCCGCCGGCCACAGCCAGCCGCUUCGCAGCGGUGCUCCUCUGCUCGCCCAACUAUCUGAACGAGGCCUCCCUCCCGCUCUGCGUGUCGGGCGAGCCAGAGAGCCAGCCGCUCGCCUUUUCCAAACCGUGCACGCUCUGGGCCUCGCCGGCCAACCCGGGCGCCGCAGAGCUGGCCUGCGAGCUUGCCAGGGCCUUUCCCGGCCUCACCGUCUCCACCGUUGCGGACGUUGGCUCCUCUGCAUCAGCACGCCCCUCCACGGCACUUCGCGGGUUGGCACGCCGAUCGCGCCGCGCCGCCGAUGUGACCCACAUGCUGUUGUACCUCAAUCAGAAUACCUGGCUGGAGGAGGACGGCGAGCGGCUGGCCGAGCAGGUCAAGCAAGCGCGCGAGGACAAGCUGAAGAUCGUCAUGGCGCACGAGAACGACCCCGCGCUCGGCGGCUGCCAGUUCGCGCGCUUUUUCGAACUCGACUUUGCCUUUCGUGACGAGCAGGGCCGUCCCUGCCCGCAGGUUUCGCUCGUGCUUCUGGCAAAGAGCCUAGGCGCGACCCCCGCUCGGUCGCGGGCGGACCUCCUCGUUUCAGGCAGCGUCGCUGAGGGCAGCACCAGCCUCGCGAAGCGAAGCUUUGGCGGCCUCAGCCGGGUGUUCGCCAAGAUGAGCAGCCGCAGCUCUGCGGAGGCGCGCGACGUCUCUGCCGGCGAGGCGUCGUCGGUGCAGCGGCAGGUCUGA